GAUAGUAGUCUCUUCAAGUCUCUUUGAUGUUUGAAUUCAUGGAUUAUACUGUUUUCCUCAUUCGGGCCGGUGAACACAUUUGAUUUAGAAAAAUGACUGAUCUAUUGUCACGAAUUCAGUUUGCCUUUCCCAUUAUCAACAACAAGGUUCGGUGUAGCAAUAGCGAUGACGAAUUUACGAAAAUAUUGGAGGAAAUAAAGAAUCUGAAAAUAAAUGCAUCUGUAGAAGAAAUGGUCAUCUAUAGUAUCGAACAGUACAUUAAUCAAGUCGUUGCACCAAUAUUUUGGCAGCAGUUUGUGCAAAAUACACCUGAGCGCAGCUUUGAACAUUUUAGAAAAGCCGUUGAUGGCUUAUACAGCAGUUUGACUGAAUUUUUGCCACUGAUGAGGCGUUUGGAAGUACUGAUGCAAAGUCGCGAACCCUCUAUUACUUCCAGCGACGUGCUUUCGAAGUUCAAACUUCUUGUUAGGUCAGCAUUGCUGAGUCAGCUGCCAUUGAAUCAUGAAGUUAUAGUCGAAUAUUUUUAUAAAAUCGCUUUCAAUGUAUUUUGUAACUCUGACAACAUAACUCAUGAUACUUCUCAAACGGAUGGUUCUCAAUGUGGAGGCUGCAACUACAAAACAGAAAAUUGUCAGUGCCAAAUUAUAGUAUACAUGUUUCACGAAACGAAUAGAAAGUUAAUUGAACUGGAAUUACUAGAACGAUUAGUUGGCAACGUAUUGACAAAUUUAAUACAUCUUCGUAUCAAAGACCACGUGAAGAAAUUAUGCAGCAAAUCAUUCGAUCAGUCGCAACUACUUCCACUGGAACAUUGGCUCGAAACCGUCGUUUUAAGUUGGCUGACGAGAAUUUAUUCCGGAGGAUCAUCUAAAUCAAUGACAUUAUGCAGUGCAGUUCGGGCAGCGAUAAAUAGAUUCAAGCAAAAAUUGUCGCAUUACCUAUACGAAGUGUAUACAAGGAUUAGAAUCGAACAGUUAUUCAAUAUUAUUAUCGAAUACCCUGACUCACAACCAGCGGUCGAUGAUCUUCGCAUAUGCCUCGAGAGAACGGAUCUUCGGAAGCUGCUAAUAGAAACACUUCAAGAGGCUCUUAAAACAAGACUUCUACAUCCAGGAGUAAAUACCCCGGAUAUAUUAACAGCGUAUAUUGCGGCUAUUAAAGCGUUGAGACAACUAGAUCCAACUGGUGUAUUACUAGAGACGAUCACGGAACCAGUAAAGAUAUACUUGAGGAGUAGGGAAGAUACCGUUAGAUGUGUAGUAAGCGGAUUGUUGGACGACUCACCGAGUGACUUGGCCGACGAGCUAGUUAAAGGAGAAUCUUUACAACUGGAUGACACAUCAUUCGAUGAAGAUGAUGAAUCGUGGCAAAAAUGGGCCCCGGACCCAGUUGAUGCUGAUCCAUGUAAAUCAAGCCAACGACGAAUGUCGGAUAUAAUUUCAAUGUUGGUAAAUGUCUACGGGAGCCAAGAUUUAUUUGUGAACGAAUAUCGGACAUUGUUAGCGGAUAGACUAUUGUCACAACUGAAUUAUCACACGGAACGUGAAAUUAGGCAUCUAGAACUUUUAAAGAGACGUUUUGGUGAAAAUCAACUUCAUUAUUGCGAAGUAAUGUUGAAAGAUGUUUAUGACUCCAAGAGGAUAGAUGGAAAUAUCCAAUCAGAUACAACUUACAGUUUGGAGAAACAAUAUUUUUCUACGUCUGCUCUGAUAUUAUCGGCGCAAUUUUGGCCACCAUUUAAAGAAGAUUGGAAACUGGAAUUACCAGAGUAUGUUCAGAAUCAAUUGAAGAAAUACGUGAAAGCAUUUGAAGCAUUAAAAGGAAACAGAACACUGUGUUGGAAAACACAUUUGGGAAAUGUCAAUUUGAUCAUCGAGUUAAAAGAUAGAAAAAUUGACAUUAAUGUGACACCUAUUCAUGCAACCAUCAUCCUUCACUUUCAAGAUAAACCCAAGUGGACCCUGAGUGAAUUAGCUGACGUUAUGCAUGCUCCAGCUACUGUAUUGCGCCGCAAAAUUACGUUUUGGCUAUCGCAAGGACUGUUAAAGGAAGUUUCUCCUGAUACAUUUACUCUACAAGAAGAAAGUAAUUCAAAGCAUCAGUUAUUAACGGAAAUUGUAGAAGAUGAAGAAGUGGAAAGUGCCAUGACAUCUGCAAGUGAUCAGAGAGAAGAAGAGUUACAAGUCUUCUGGUCUUAUAUAGUUGGGAUGCUAACGAACCUGGAUUCAAUGCCUUUGGAAAGGAUCCACCAAAUGUUGAAAAUGUUUGCGUCCCAAGGUCCCGGCACUGUUGAAUGUGGUUUACCCGAAUUAAGGCAAUUUUUGGAUAGGAAAGUUAGAGAACACGAACUUUUGUUUUCAGGUGGUUUAUACAAAUUGCCUAAAUCAUAACCGAACCGUGUAUUAUUUUCAUAACGUGGUUACGUCAUUUUUUCGGAAUCAUUUUAUUCCGCAGGAAAUAAAAUUAUUCGGUUAACCAUA